AUGGUUACUAAUACACGAGAGAAAAUUUCUGAUUUUGGUGCCAUUCACACAGGUAUUAGUGAUCAUAGGUUGAUAUUUGCUAUCAGGAAAAUUUCUGUUAUAAAGAAACAAGAGAAUAUCGUAGAGAUGAGAAACAUGAAAAAUUUUAAUGAAGAAAAUUUUGUUGCGGAACUGCUAAAACAGCACUGGGAACAAUUGUAUUUUUUUGCUGAAGAUCCAAAUGACAUAUGGAAUGCCAAGAAAGAUUAUUAUUCCUCGAAAAUAGCUGGUCAAAAAUUCAAUCCGAAAAAAGCUUGGAAAAGUAUAAACAACUUAUUAGGUAGGCAAAACAAACAAACAGUGGUGAAUGAGAUUAAUCUAGAGGGAAAAAAUUUACAACUCUCAAAGAUAUUGCAGGGGACUUAA